AGUGUGCUUAUUGGCUGAGUGUAAAGAAAUGCAAACAAUUGUUGAUGGAAGAUACUCAAGAAGUGAGGAUAUAUUUCCUCGUUUGCUAUUAUUGAGCGUAUCCUACAUGAAGAAUCUAAGAAGCAUUUGUGAAGGAGAAAUUCAUUCCAGUCACUGUUUUGGUAUGUUGAAGUCCUUGACAUUGCACAAUUGCCCCAAGUUAUCAACUAUUUUCACCUUGAAUUUUAUAAGCAAUCUUUCACUCUUAAAGGUGCUUGCAGUCAAAGGUUGUCCAAAAGUAAGUGCUUUAAUAUCUUGUGGAUCGUCCAAACUCAAAGCAGGAACUUUUCUCUCAAAAUUGAGAACAAUGAUACUUAUCCAUCUUCCUGAGCUGAUCAGCAUAUCCAAUGGAUUACACAUGGGUCCAAGUUUGGAAAAUAUUGGAAUUUAUGAUUGCCCUAAACUUCAGAGCUUUUCCAAGAUGGAAUUGUCAAGCAAAAAUUUGAAAAUCAUCAAAGGAGAAACUAAGUGGUGGGAGGCACUAACAUGGAGUGAAGCAGAAUGGGGAAAAAUAGGUCAGCCAUCAAUGUUUGAUAGCAUAUUUUCCCCAAUCAAUCAAGAGGCUGAUAUUAUAAGUCAAUUAGAUUUCAAUGAUGAUAUUGAUGAUAGUACAGGUGGGAUGGUGGAUGAGCCAUUGCAGGCUUCUAGUGAGAGGGUCUUCAAGGGCACAAAGCUAAAUGCCAACAGGCCAACACCAUUACAACUUGGAAGCAGAAAAUCUGUUAUGAAUUCAGGAAAGACGCACAUUCCAAGGCCACCCGUAUUAAUACAUAGUCAUAAAAGCAGUGGACCUGCCAAAAAUAUAGACACAAACCCAUUAGAGGUUUUCCAUUCAAGAGGUUCAAGUGGAGCAUGCCCUGUGGAACAGCCCUUGUUAUGGACAACACUUGCAACAACUCACUAAAGACUGAUACAAAUUAGAUGUA